UCCGUAGUUAUUUUUCCUUAAUUAUAUCGUACGAGUCAAAUGUGAUUUACUUUCUCCAUCAACAUAUAAAUUAUUUAUAUAGAAUGUUAUAUGGAAUAAUUAGUAUUUGUUGGAUUCCGUUUGCGGGAUUUGUUUCAUUUUUGGUUUUAUUAUCUGCAAUUAACAAAUCAGUCGGUGUUCGAAAGGCAUACGUAAAUAUUCUCUUAAGGAUAUUUGAGUAUGGACGAGUCAGUAUCGAAACUGCUUCAAAAGUAAAUCAAGAGCUUGCCAAGGAAAAAGUCAGUGAUGAUCAAGUGCAGGGCUUGGAACCUGUGGAUGCCGUUGACUCAGAGGAAGCCUCCAAUGGCCAGGUGCUGAUCACGAGAGACGCCGUACUUCUGCCUCAGGCUCAGGAGUCGGCGCAUGAUAAGGCGAAUGGCAACAAAAAGGAAGAGUUUUGUUUCGACUUUGAGAAUUGUUUGGAUUAUGUAAAAUCAGGCAUAGAAGCAAUUAUCGAAGAUGAUGUAACAUCGCGAUUUGAAGCCGAGGAGCUAAAGAGCUGGAACAUGCUAACACGAACAAACCGACAUUAUGAAUUCAUAUCUUGGAAAAUCACCAUGAUAUGGGUUAUUGGAUUUGCCGUGCGGUAUUUCAUUUUAAUGCCUCUUCGUGUCUUGGUUUGCUUUAUUGGUGUUUUAUUUGCAGUUAUUACAAACGCAUUUGUGGCUUUAAUACCUUACCGAUUUUUGCGGCUUCCCUUAGCGGACUUGACUUUUAAAAUUACAUUCCGUCUUAUAUCAAGUUCCUUGUCAUCCCUUGUAAUAUUUCACAAUAAGCAAUAUAAGCCCAAAACUUCUGGGUUUUGUGUAGCAAAUCACACCACCCCAUUGGAUGUGGCAAUAUUAUCAACAGACUGUACAUUUUCCUUGGUAGUGUGGUUGACAUUAUGUACAGCUGCAGUGGGAAAUCUAAAGGAUGGAAAGAAAAAGAGGGCUAUUGUGAGUAGUGUUCUUGGGCAGUGUUUCGGUGUCUUGUCCAGCGCUAUUUCUGCUGUUAUAACUUAUCAUAAUGAGGAUAAUCGCCCGUCGUCUUCAGGUAUUUGUGUGGCAAACCAUACAAGCCCUAUCGAUGUACUGGUACUAAUGUGUGACACAACAUAUUCUCUGAUUGGUCAACGACAUGGCGGUUUCCUUGGAAUUUUGCAAAGAGCCCUGGCCAGGGCAUCGCCUCAUAUUUGGUUUGAAAGAGGAGAAGCUAAGGACCGACAUUUGGUUGCUGAAAGACUAAAACAGCAUGUAUCGGAUCCAAAUAAUCCACCUAUUCUAAUAUUUCCGGAAGGCACUUGCAUUAACAAUACGUCUGUGAUGCAAUUCAAAAAAGGAAGCUUUGAAGUUGGCGGAGUUAUAUACCCUGUAGCUAUAAAAUACGAUCCCCGAUUUGGCGAUGCUUUUUGGAACAGCUCAAAGUAUUCAAUGAUGCAAUAUCUUUACAUGAUGAUGACCUCAUGGGCAAUUGUUUGCGAUGUCUGGUAUCUUCCACCAAUGUAUCGGCAGGAAGGCGAGUCAGCGAUCGAUUUCGCUAACCGCGUUAAAGGUGUUAUUGCGAAACAGGGAGGCUUAGUAGACUUGGUUUGGGAUGGACAGCUCAAACGAAUGAAACCGAAAAAAGAAUGGAGAGAAAUUCAGCAAGUUGAAUUUGCAAAUCGACUAAAAUCUGAUUGAAAUUGAUUUUAUACUUUAUAUUUAAAUCUGUAAUUACUAAAGAUAAAAAUGUAAAAUUAUUUGACCUUGCUAAAUAUACAUUGUAUAUGAUUGUGAAGCCAA